GGCACGGAUCGCACGCUCGUGGGCCUCGGCCUGGGCCAUCCCGCGCUCAGUAUGCCGCCAUCGCGUGAGUUGGGUGGUCGGUGGACGACUCGGCUCCGACCGGUUGGAGCCGAAGAUUCGCGCCUCGGGCUUCUCCAAACAGUGCCACCUCCGACCAAAACCUCUCCCCCUCCCCUCGCCGGCGGCCGCGGCGGCGGCAUGACGAAGGGCGGUCAGUCUGCGUCCUCUUCGGGGCCUGAGGACGAGUCAGCGGCGGCGACUUCAACCUCCGCUCCCACACCCGCCCCGGGGCGGCGGCCGAGGGCGACGCAGCAGCGGCUGGAGAUCGAGGGCUACCACGUGGAGGGCAUCUCCAUCGCCGGGCACGAGACCUGCGUCAUGUUCCCUUCCCUCAACCUCGCCUUCGACAUCGGCCGGUGCCCGCCGCUCGCCGUCUCGCAGGACUUCCUCUUCGUCUCCCACGCGCACAUGGACCACAUCGGGGGCCUCCCAGUGUACGUCGCCACGCGGGGCCGCAGGCGGAUGCGCCCGCCCACCGUCUUCGUCCCCGCCUGCCUCGCGGACCUCGUGCGGAGGCUCUUCGACGUGCACCGCGCCAUGGACCAGUCCGACCUCGACCACAAGCUCGUGCCGCUCGAGGUCGGCGAGGAGUACCAGCUCACCAAGGACCUCAGCGUCAGGCCGUUCAGGACCUACCACGUCGUACCCAGCCAGGGGUAUGUGAUAUACAAGGUGAAGCAGAAGCUCAAGGAAGAGUAUGCUGGCCUCCCUGGGAAAGAGCUCAGUAAUCUCAAAAAGUCUGGAGUUGAGAUUACGAAUGUAGAGUCAACACCUGAGAUUGCUUUCUCUGGAGAUACAAUGUCAGAUUUCAUCCUUGAUCCUGAUAAUGCAGAUGUGUUGAAGGCAAAGAUUCUUGUGGUCGAGAGUACUUUUAUUGAUGACUCCAAAUCAAUUGAGGAUGCAAGAGAAAGAGGGCACAUUCACUUGUCUGAGAUAGUGAGUCUGUCUGACAAGCUUAAAAACAAAGCUAUUCUACUGAAUCACUUUUCACUUCGAUAUACUGCUGAGGACAUUGAUGCAGCAAUAAACAGAUUGCCACCAUCUUUCCGAAGCAGAGUGUAUGCAUUGAAGGAAGGCUUCUUCUAGAGAAAAACGUGGAGCCAGAGUUGAGCAAUGAAGACUUUUGGAUCAGGUCUUUGGAUAAUUUCACUAUGAAAAGUAUGAAUCCUUUUGGUCUGCUCUUCGUGUGAUGUCACUGUACCGUCCAUCUCGCAAAUUCAUGAGGGGUUCGUUUAGUUUUGUCGGUACUCAAAUCACAACUUCACUCAUGAGAUCAAAUUAUAAACGAAUGAAAUGUGAAUAGAAACCCUGAA